AUGAAUUCUGAUCAAUUCGAUCAACACAUUCCUGAACCAUCUUCACCAUCAACACAAACAUCAACUUCAUCAGCAUCCUCACCAUUGUCGUCCGUUGAUCUUCGUGUUUCUUCAUCUGCAUCGUCAUCUAGUGAAAAUUAUACUCGUGAAAAGAUUCAGCGCCAUUUGAAGUUUGAUAAAGCUCAUUAUGUCAUUCUCGACAAUUCAAAUAGUAAAAACUCAGCUAUAUGUUGGCGUUCAUUUGGUUUUCCAGCUGUACUUGAUACCAAUGGUGCCCCUCAAAAGAUUCCAAACUUUGUUUCAUGCAAGAAAUGUUUCACUACUUAUUCGUAUGUCUCGAACAGCACCACUUUUCUCAACAAACAUAGUUGCUUAUCUUCUGAUCAAAAAACCAAAUCCACUUUGCCAUCAUCUCGUGACACAUCUUCUCAAAGUUUAAUUACCAAUUAUAGUCAACCGAAAAUUGUUCGUUUACCCGAUUCUUAUUCGAAAGAUAUGAAAGAUCUAGUUGUUCGAUGGAUAUGCAAGGACAUGCGCCCUUUUGCUAUUGUUGAUGAUGAUGGUUUUCGGAGUAUUGCACAACGUUGUGUAUCUAUCGGUAAUAAAUGUUUUGUUUGA